CCAUGGUCGGUCGGUGCAUUGCACGUGCCUCGCACGUGUCGAGAGCUAGUGGGUCAUUAGAAGGGUAGGCUGCGCUCCGUCGACGGUCAUCGCCACACCCCCUCCCCCCUCUCUCCUUCCCCUGCCCACCUUCCCUCUCCUAUCCUGGCGAUGAACGCCGGCAGCUUGGCGAUGAACGCGGGCAGCGCGGCGAAGCUCAUCGUGGACGCGCUGCUCCACCGCUUCCUCCCCCUGGCCCGCCGCCGCAUCGAGACCGCCCAGGCCCAGGAUGGACAAUACCUUCGACCCUCUGACCCAGCUUAUGAACAAGUGUUAGAUUCAUUAGCUAUGGUUGCUCAUCAUACACCAGUGCCUCUUUUGGAAGCUCUUCUUCGGUGGAGAGACAGUGAAUCUCCAAAGGGUGCAAAUGAUGCCUCUACAUACCAAAAAAAGCUUGCAGUGGAGUGCAUAUUCUGCUCUGCAUGCAUUCGUUUUGUGGAGUGUUGUCCCCAGGAGGGAAUUCCAGUUCAGAAAAGCUUUGGUCUGGGCUUGAAAAUUUUGUAUUUGAUUGGCUGAUUAAUGCAGACAGGAUUGUUAGCCAGGUGGAUUAUCCGUCGUUGGUCGACUUGCGAGGUCUUCUCUUAGAUCUUGUUGCACAAUUAUUAGGUGCUUUAUCGCGGAUCCGGUUUAGUUCUGUGACUGAACGGUUUUUCAUGGAGCUCAAUACUCGACGCAUUGAUACUAAUGUUGCUAGAAGCGAGACACUCAGCAUAAUCAAUGGAAUGCGCUACCUUAAGUUGGGGGUUAAAACAGAGGGUGGAUUGAAUGCAUCAGCUUCGUUUGUGGCAAAAGCAAAUCCUCUUAAUCGUGUUCCCCAUAAAAGAAAGAGUGAACUGCAUCAUGCUUUAUGCAAUAUGCUUUCAAGCAUACUGGCACCACUUGCGGAGGGUGGAAAAAACCAUUGGCCUCCAUUGGGUGUGGAUCCUGCAUUGACUUUGUGGUAUGAAGCUGUUGCUCGAAUUAGAGGUCACCUUAUGCAUUGGAUGGAGAAACAGAGCAAACACAUAGCUGUUGGCUUCCCAUUGGCGACCCUUCUACUUUGUCUUGGAGAUCCACAAACUUUCAACACUAAUUUUGGCCCACAUAUGGAGCUUUUGUAUAAGCUUCUUAAAGACAAAAACCAUCGCUCAAUGGCUCUGGACUGUCUUCACCGGGUUGUGAAAUUUUAUUUAAAUGUUUAUGCAGAUUACCAACCUAAAAAUCGCGUAUGGGAUUAUUUAGAUAGUGUAACUUCACAAUUGCUGACUGUUUUGAAGAAAGGCUUGCUAACUCAAGAUGUUCAGCAUGAUAAGCUUGUUGAAUUCAGUGUUACUUUAGCUGAAAGCAAUCUGGACUUUGCCAUGAAUCACAUGAUACUAGAAUUAUUAAAAUCUGAUAGUUUGAGUGAAGCAAAGGUUAUUGGUCUGAGAGCAUUGCUUGCCAUUGUUAUGUCUCCUGAAAAUCAGCAAUUUGGUUUAGAAGUUUUCCAUGUUCGUGGUAUUGGACACUAUAUUCCGAAAGUAAAAUCUGCAAUCGAGGCCAUCUUAAGGCUUUGCAAUAAAGUCUAUAGCCAAGCUCUUCUUACAUCCUCUAAGACUACAAUAGAUACUGUAACAAAGGAAAAGUCUCAAGGGUCUCUCUUCAGGUCAGUGCUGAAGUGCAUACCAUAUUUGAUAGAAGAAGUGGGCCGUAGUGAUAAAAUAACUGAAAUCAUUCCUCAGCAUAGCAUAAGCAUUGAUCCUGGCGUUCGCGAAGAAGCAGUGCAGGUGAUGAACCGGAUUGUGCGUUAUCUUCCCCACCGUCGUUAUGCUGUGAUGAAAGGGAUGGCUAACUUCAUACUUAAACUUCCUGAUGAGUUUCCUCUUCUCAUUCAAACAUCAUUGGGUCGCCUGGUUGAACUUAUGCGAUUGUGGAGGGCUUGUCUUUCUGAAGAAACGUUACCAAAUGAUGCUCAAUAUGUAAAGCGACCAAGUCUGGGAAAUGAUUCACUCCACAGAUCUCCUUUCCUCCAGUCAGCAGAUCCAUCUGAAUUCCGUAUAUCAGAAAUGGAUGCACUGGGUCUUGUUUUCCUCAGUUCUGUGGAUGUUCAGAUAAGACAUACUGCUUUAGAGUUACUGCGCUGUGUUCGUGCUUUGAGAAAUGAUAUCAGAGACCUCUCCGUAAGUGAACAGGCUGAUCUUAAGUUAAGAUAUGAAUCAGAACCAAUAUUUAUCAUUGAUGUCUUGGAAGAAAAUGGGGAUGAUAUUGUUCAGAGCUGCUACUGGGAUUUUGGUCGUCCUUAUGAUUUAAGACGGGAGUUGGAUUCUGUUCCUCCAGAUAUAACUCUUCAGUCCAUUCUUGAAAGCCCGGAUAAGAACAGAUGGGCUCGUUGUCUUAGUGAACUAGUAAAAUAUGCUGCAGAGCUUUGCCCAAAUUCUGUGCAGGAAGCAAGGAUAGAGGUGGGACAUAGACUUGCCCAAAUUACACCUAUGGAAUUGGGUGGGAAGGCUCAUCAGUCACAAGAUGCAGAAAACAAACUGGACCAGUGGCUAAUGUAUGCGAUGUUUGCAUGCUCUUGUCCACCUGAUUAUAGAGAUGAUGGUGGCUUUAAAACAGCUAAAGAGCUCUUUCAUCUCAUUUUCCCAUCCCUGAGACAUGGAUCUGAGGCGCAUGCUCAAGCAGCUGCCACUGCUCUUGGUCACUCACACCUGGAAGUAUGUGAAACCAUGUUUGGUGAGCUUGCAUCUUUUGUUGAAGAGGUUUCUUCGGAGACGGAAGGAAAAACAAAAUGGAAGAAUCAGAAGGCUCGCCGUGAAGAACUUCGUACUCACAUUGCAAACAUAUACCGCACAAUUGCUGAGAAGAUUUGGCCUGGGAUGCUUACCCGCAAGCCUGUUUUCCGCUUGCAUUUUCAGAGAUUCAUUGAAGAAACAUACCGUCAUAUCAACACAUCAACUUCGGAUAGUUUUCAGGACUUACAACCACUUCGCUAUGCAUUAGCUUCUGUUCUAAGAUAUCUAGCUCCAGAAUUUGUGGAGUCAAAGUCUGAGAGGUUUGAUGUCAGAACUCGAAAGAAGCUUUUUGAUCUCCUUCUUACCUGGUGUGAUGAUACAGGCAGCACAUGGGGCCAAGAAAGCAUCGGUGACUACCGCAGAGAAGUUGAGCGUUACAAAUCAGGUCAACAUAAUCGGUCAAGGGAGUCAAUAGAUAAAUUCUCAUUUGAUAAGGAGGUUGUUGAGCAAGUGGAGGCAACCCAGUGGGCCUCCAUGAAUGCUAUUGCUUCUCUUUUAUAUGGGCCUUGUUUUGAUGAUAAUGCAAGAAAGAUGGCUGGCCGAGUAAUAUCUUGGAUCAACAAUUUGUUCAUGGAACAAGCACCCAGAGCACCAUUUGGUUAUUCACCGGUGGAUCCACGAACACCAUCAUAUUCAAAGUAUACUGGAGAGGGAGUACGUCUGGCUGGUGCUAGGGAUAAACAGAAAGGUGGUCACCUCCGAGUUCUCUUAGCAAAAACUGCCUUGAAAAAUCUUCUGCAAACAAAUUUGGACCUGUUUCCUGCUUGCAUUGACCAGUGCUACUCUCCAGAUUCUUCCAUAGCAGAUGGUUACUUUAGUGUGCUGGCUGAAGUCUACAUGCACCAAGAAAUUCCAAAGUGUGAGAUCCAGAGACUACUAAGUUUGAUCCUCUACAAGGUCGUUGACCAAUCCAGACAAAUCCGUGACACUGCCCUCCAAAUGUUGGAGACCCUCUCUGUUCGUGAAUGGGCUGAGGAUGACACUGAGGGCACAGGCCGUUACCGAGCUUCUGUUGUUGGCAACCUCCCAGAUUCUUACCAACAGUUCCAGUACAAGCUCUCUGCCAAACUUGCCAAAGACCAUCCUGAGCUGAGCGAGCUCCUUUGUGAGGAAAUUAUGCAACGCCAGCUUGAUGCAGUGGACAUAAUUGCACAGCAUCAGGUUCUAACAUGCAUGGCUCCUUGGAUUGAAAAUCUUAAUUUUUUGAAGCUGUGGGAAUCUGGUUGGAGUGAGAGAUUGUUGAAAAGCCUUUAUUAUGUGACAUGGAGACAUGGAGAUCAAUUUCCUGAUGAGAUUGAGAAGCUCUGGAGCACUGUUGCUAGCAAUACCCGCAAUAUUAUUCCAGUUCUUGACUUUUUGAUUACCAAAGGGAUUGAAGAUUGUGAUUCUAAUACAUCAACAGAGAUAAGUGGAGCAUUUGCGACAUAUUUUUCAGUUGCUAAACGUGUCAGUUUAUAUCUUGCACGCAUUUGCCCCCAACAGACCAUUGAUCACUUGGUUUGCGAGUUGUCUCAGAGGAUGCUGGAGGAGAGUGAGGAGCCAAUUAGGCCAGGUAAAGGGGAUGCCUCUGCAAAUUUUAUCCUGGAAUUUUCUCAAGGGCCUACAGCUGCCCAAAUUGCAACCGUUAUAGAUAACCAACCUCACAUGUCACCAUUGCUUGUUCGUGGGUCCAUUGAUGGUCCACUUAGAAACACUAGUGGGAGCCUAAGCUGGCGGACUUCUGGGAUAACAGGCCGCAGCAUCUCAGGCCCUUUGAGUCCAAUGCCUUCUGAGGUCAGCACAGUUACUACUACUGCAGGCCGUUCAGGGCAGCUCCUUCCAUCGUUGAUGAACAUGUCAGGGCCAUUGAUGGGUGUCCGAAGUUCAACUGGAAACUUGAGGAGUCGCCAUGUGUCUCGGGAUAGUGGAGAUUGCUUAAUUGAUACACCUAACUCUGGUGAGGAUAUUUUGCACCCUGGGAGCAGUGGCCUUCAUGGGAUUAAUGCCAGUGAGCUCCAAUCAGCUUUGCAGGGACACCAUCAACAUUUGCUUUCCCGUGCAGACAUAGCAUUGAUUCUACUUGCUGAAAUUGCUUAUGAGAAUGAUGAGGACUUCCGUGAGAACUUGCCCUUGCUCUUCCAUGUUAUAUGUGUUUCUAUGGAUAGCUCAGAAGAUAUUGUGCUCGAGCACUGCCAGCAUCUGCUUGUUAAUCUCCUCUAUUCACUUGCUGGUCGGCAUCUAGAAUUAUAUGAGGUUGAGAGCAUCGAGGGGGAGAAUAAGCAGCAGGUGGUGAGCUUAAUAAAGUACAUUCAGUCUAAGCGUGGCAGUUUAAUGUGGGAGAACGAGGAUCCUACUCUUGUCAGAACAGAACUCCCUAGUACUGCACUCCUGUCGGCACUUGUACUGAGCAUGGUUGAUGCCAUUUUUUUCCAAGGGGACCUUCGUGAAACAUGGGGUGCUGAGGCACUCAAGUGGGCUAUGGAAUGCACAUCUAGGCACCUUGCAUGCCGUUCCCACCAGAUAUACCGAGCUCUACGACCUAGUGUAAAAAGCGAUAGCUGUGUUUUGCUCCUCCGGUGUCUUCACAGAUGUCUUGGAAAUCCUGUUCCAGCAGUUUUAGGCUUUGCAAUGGAGAUUCUCUUGACGCUGCAAGUGAUGGUAGAGAACAUGGAGCCGGAGAAGGUGAUACUCUACCCGCAGCUUUUCUGGGGAUGCGUUGCUAUGAUGCAUACAGACUUUGUGCACAUCUAUUGUCAGGUGCUGGAACUCUUUGCCCGAGUGAUUGAUCGGCUGUCAUUCCGUGAACGGACAACUGAGAAUGUGUUACUAUCUAGCAUGCCCCGUGAUGAGUUUGAUUCCAACAGUUGUGAUGCAACAGAACUUCACAGGCAAGAAUCGCGGACUGGCGGAGAACCAUUGCCAGCAGAGAGCGGAAAGGUGCCAACCUUUGAAGGUGUGCAACCGCUUGUGCUGAAAGGGCUCACAUCCACUGUUAGCCAUGGGUCUGCUAUUGAGGUAUUAUCUCGAAUUACAGUUCCCACUUGCGACUCUAUAUUUGGGAAUCCAGAGACACGGCUUUUGAUGCACAUCACAGGCUUGCUGCCAUGGCUGGGAUUACAGCUUGCUAGGGAACCAGUCUUCACUGGCUUAGCUUCACCUCUACAACAGCAGUACCAGAAGGCAUGCUAUGUUGCAUCUAAUAUUUCAUUCUGGUGCCAUGCUAAAUUGCUAGAAGAUCUUGCAGAAGUAUUUCUAGCUUACUCACGUGGUGAAAUCACAUCUACUGAAGAUCUCUUUAGCCGUGCAUCACCACAAAUUUGUGCCGAGUGGUUUCCGAAACACUCAUCUUUAGCAUUUGGGCACUUGCUGAGGCUUCUUGAGAGGGGCCCGCUUGAUUACCAGCGAGUGAUACUCUUGAUGCUUAAAGCACUACUCCAGCAAACUCCUGUGGAUGCGGCUCAGAGUCCACAUGUAUAUGCAAUUGUAUCGCAGCUUGUGGAAAGCACAUUGUGUUGGGAGGCAUUGAGUGUGCUGGAAGCACUCUUGCAGAGCUGUAGCAGUGUUUCAAGUGGGUACAUGGAUGAACUGGGGUCAACUGAGAAUGGGUUGGGUGCAGGAGAAAAGGUUUUGCAAGGCAUACUUGCACCUCAGAGCUCUUUCAAGGCUCGGAGUGGACAGUUGCAGUAUGGAGCUGGAUCAGGGCUGGGGGCUGGAUCAGGAAUGCAGGGUGGUGGAGGUACAACAGAAGGUGGGUUAUCACCAAGAGAGGUGGCGCUGCGGAACACUCGCUUACUCCUUGGGCGUGUGCUUGACACGUGUGCCCUUGGUAGGAAGAGGGACUACAAACGUCUUGUGCCGUUUGUUGCCAGCAUUGGGACAUGAUGUGCAUGCGAUGUGUAACUAUACAGGCAAACAUCGUGGCUGUGGGUUGUAACUGUAUGGAGUUAUAAGUGGCAGCUAAGGUUGGAGUCUUGCUGAUUGCCGGUGUCAAGAUCAGAACAACAUCCCUGCAUAUGCCCGCUGGCAACGAAGCCUGAGAUUUAGCUUGCAAUGCACCAUGGGCGCUAUGAUGACCCAAUUGACUUUGCAGAAUUUGUCCUUUCCAUGUAUAUCAGUGCAUUCGUUGAAGGAUCACCGUAGGGUUAUCAUCUUGUAAACCAGCAAGAUUUUUGUACCUGUAUUUAUAUCCCCCUUUCCUUUUCUUUUUUUCCCCUUUUUCUUGUUUUUUUUCCCUCUAUUUUCAUCACAUGUACUCCCUGCCACGGGUUAUCUGUUAUCUGUAAUAGGGGAAGUUUGGUCAUACUGGUGUCUACAAUGAAAUUUUAUGGAGUGCUGUUUCCUUGUAGCUGCUUAGUUGCCGCCAGAAUGCUACAGUAUCACAGCAUGCACUUAUGGGCCCACUUUUGUAGUUGAUCUUGCCUAAGCUGCAGUUUUGUAAUUGAGGCAAGCAUCUUUCAGAAAUCUGUUUCCCGAUGUACUUAUAAUUAUUCUACUUUUGUUUUUUAAGUGGUUAGACCUGGUAGCAAACAAAAAAUGAAUACUUUUCUCCUUGCUAUUCAUAUUA